GUUACUGUGUUACAGUGAGAGAAAAGUUCACUUCAGUGUGUGUUCAACUUUAUUCUUUCUCACCAGGACAAACUUCUUUCUCUUCUUAGAAACAUCUUUACAAACGUGAGAUCAAAGACAAAGAGUCAACAAUGACACAAGGGAACAGCACUGUGUCAGACGGAGACACCGCAGGUACAGGUGAGCCUCUGGCAGCUGACGACAAGAAGGAGCAGCUGGAGACUAAAACGACGGUGCCACAGCAGCAGGAGUCCGCGGCCCCGGGACCCCAGGAGCCCGAGUUUGUGCACCCUGAAGGCGGCUGGGGCUGGGUAGUCAUGCUGGCCGCCAUGUGGUGCAACGGUUCCGUGUUCGGGAUCCAGAACGCCUUCGGGAUCCUCUUCCUGUCACUGCUGCGAGAGUUCGGCUCCGUGGAUGACGAGGAUCUGCGCUUUAAAACGUCGUGGGUGGGCUCCCUCUCCAUGGGGAUGAUCUUCUUCUGCUCUCCCAUUGUCAGCGUCUUCACCGACAUCUUUGGCUGCAGAAUUACAGCAGUAGGGGGCGCUGCUGUGGGCCUGGUCGGCCUUUUGGCCAGCUCCUUUAUCAAAUCCCUUGGUCCCAUGUACUUCACCUAUGGCAUAGUGUUUUCCUGCGGCUGCUCCUUCGCCUACCAGCCCAGCCUGGUCAUCCUGGGACACUACUUCAAGAAGCGCCUGGGCCUGGUGAACGGCAUCGUGACAGCUGGCAGCAGCUUCUUCACCGUCACUUUACCGUUCCUGCUGUCAGGUCUGCUGAAGAGUGCGGGCCUUCACACCACCAUGCGCGUCCUCUGCAUCUUCAUGUUUGUGCUGAUGCUGGCCGGCCUCACGUACAAGCCCCUCCUGCCCAACAGGUCCAGUCACAGCCAAACAGGCAGCAGGUGUCCCCCCAUGAGUCAGCUCUUUAACAUCAACAUCUGGAAGUCUAUCGGCUAUCGCAUCUGGGCGUUCGGUAUCCCCGCUGCCCUCUAUGGAUACUUUGUGCCUUAUGUUCACCUGAUGAAUCACGUAGAAGAGCGUUUUGGAACGGAUGCCAGUAAGGAGGUUUUGCUCAUGUGCAUUGGCAUCACGUCUGGUUUGGGCCGUCUCAUUUUUGGAUAUGUGGCAGACUACGUUAGAGGAGCCAACAAAGUCUAUCUGCAGGUGUCGUCCUUCUUCGUCAUCGGCAUCAUGUCCAUGAUGAUCCCUCUGUGCCACGUCUUCGGUGGACUCAUCGCUGUCUGUCUGUUGAUGGGCUUGUUUGACGGCUGCUUCAUCUGCAUCAUGGGGCCCAUCGCCUUCGAGCUGGUCGGAGCCAACGACGUGUCCCAGGCUAUCGGCUUCCUGUUGGGCCUCAUGUCCGUGCCCAUGACUGUGGGACCUCCCAUUGCAGGCUUCCUGAGGGACAGACUGGGGACCUACGACGUGGCCUUCUACCUGGCAGGCAUCCCCCCGAUCAUCGGAGGAGCUGUGCUGUGUCUGAUCCCCUGGGUGGAAAACAGGCGCAAGAAAGCAGAGAAGGACGUCGUGAGCAAGGAGCAGGACGUGACCCAGACCAUGUUAGGACAUGAGAAGACUCAGGAGGACAGCGGGUGUAAGAAAGGAGAGUCUGUCGUAUAGACCACAUGUCACUGUGUGUGUGUGUGUGUGUGUGUGUGUGUGUGUGUGUGUGUGUGUGUAUCAUGCCUCUUUAAGGAUAAACUCAGAAAGUGCUGAAGUGCAGUUGAACAUGAAUGUGAUUCAACAAUCACAUGUUGCUAUUG